AUGACCAGGUCAAAUAAACAGGUGAUCUACGUGAACCCACCAUCCCCGGCCAUUGAUCCGUCCUUGGAGAAAGGGACGUUUGGUCUGAAGGUAACGCCUGUUCCAGAUCAAGUGCCAGAGGAUAAGGUGCUGGUGCGGGUUCAUUAUCUGUCCCUCGAUCCGGCUAUGCGCCAGUGGCUCACUGCGAAGCGGUCAUACAUAGCGCCUGUUGAGCGUGGCGCUGUGAUGCGUGGCCAUGGUAUCGCCCAAGUCAUCGCCGUUGGCAGCAGCCUCAGGAAUCAGUACAAGGUGGGCGAAUGGGUCACCGCCAUGCCAGGAUGGCAAGAAUAUGCCCUGCUGGGAGCAAAGGAGAUACGGAAAGUGUCUAUUCCAAAGGGAGGUCGGGUUACGGAUGUCUUGUCGGUUCUAGGAUUGACCGGUCUGACGGCAUACUUUGGCAUGUUGGAGGGGGCAGGCGUCAAAGCUGGAGAUACUGUUGUUGUCUCCGGUGCAGCUGGUGCGACAGGUUCCGUGGCCGGCCAAAUCGCUAAGAUCAAAGGAGCAAAGCGAGUGAUAGGUCUUGCAGGUAGCAAGGACAAAUGCGAUCAUCUGAAGAAUGAGUUGGGCUUCGAUUUUGCCAUCAACUAUCGGGAUGCCGACUGGAGACGGCAGCUCAAGGAUGCGACACCGGAAUAUAUCGAUGUAUUCUUUGACAAUGUCGGCGGGGAGAUCCUCGAUGCCUGUCUGUCGCGUGCAGCUCAGAAUGCCCGCUUUGCCAUCUGCGGUGCUAUCAGUCAGUACAACGCGGCGAAACCUCAGGGACCCUCCAGCUACAUGAACAUCAUUUCCAUGCGAAUAACAAUGAAGGGCUUCAUCACGUUCGACUACGCCAAGCAGUACCCCACUGCGUUGAAAGACCUGGCAACAUGGUUGAGCGAGGGCAAAAUCAAACGCAAGGAGCAUAUCGUCAAGGCCGGCGUAGAAGCCGCUCCCCAGGCGCUCGUCGACCUGUUCGCAGGUCGCAACACCGGCAAGAUGAUGGUUGAGGUGACUCCAAUGAGCGAGGCCGUCACUGAAGCACCCAGGUCAAACUUGUAGUCUUCUCCUUUGUAUACACGGCAUUGUACUGUACGAGUACUUCAGUAGCUCCAUGGUGUCGCAGCUCUCACAGGCGGAAGUAUAUCCCGAUAAUGUGGAGCAGCUGUUGCCCUUGUGAGGCUGUUCUACAGUAGCGUACGUAUGUAGAUACAUACAUACACCUAGAAUUUUGAAGAUCAGAGGCCCAGACUCUUCCAUUGUUCCCAAGGAACUGCUCAUUUUCCCACGGGGAAUGACCCCACGUGGUCAUUUGGACCCUGCCACGGUUCCAGUUAUGGUUCGUAGGAUAUUCUGAAUUGGCCUAAGUAUAUCAUCAUAGUGGUUGGCGGUGCUAAGUCAAGUGGCAGCGACAAAAAGGAGAAAAAAACGAAAAAAAAGGAAACAAACAAUUCCUAAUCAUAAAUCAGCACGUAUUAUUGACAGAAAGCUGUCCCAUCCAUGUCUUGGUAAAACAUCAAAAACAAGCUGUUGUGGCGCUGUUGUUCGCAUGUA